AUGGACAUGAAGAACAUGAUCAGCAAUGAUGCGAUGCGAAAGACUGUUCGUUCGGACGAUGACAAUGGCGAAAACAGGAUCCUCCAUGUCAUUGCGGAGGGCUUGAAGGAGGAUGCGGAUGAGGAUGCCAGCACGAAUCGCCUCCAGGAGAUGGUAGAUGAGGUCGACUACUCCGCCACGCGCAAGGGGUACUGCAAGUCAACACAGUCGGCCCUCAUCUGCGACUCGACCGUGCCCUUCGUGAGGUCGCUGGCGGAGCAGGACCAGGGCAAGGCGACCUUCCGCUCGAUCAGCAAGAAGUACAGCCAGGACCUCGAGGGGCUGCUGUCGACGCUGGGCACGUGCAACCUCCACUACAUCCGGUGCUUCAAGCCCAACGAGGAGCAGAAGCCGAGAAUCUUCAAGCAGCCCCUGGUCCUGGACCAGAUCGUGCAGUGCGGCACCAUCGAGCUCGUGAAGAUCAUGCACGACGGCUACCCGAACCGGUGCCCCUUCGACGAGGUCGCCGACCGCUUCAAGUCGUUGCUUCCCGAAAGCUUCCAGCGAUACGGC